AUGGAGAAUGAACAAGUGUCUUUACCAGAACACUCGGCACACUGUUCGAUCAAUAGCGAUAGUUCUCAGAACAUUGACAAUAAGAACAAAGAAUUACGAGAUGAAGAGCAAAACGAAAAUGCUAGAACCAGUCCCGAGUUAACGUUAGAUCUCCGACGUGUACUUCCGGCUUGCGAACUCACCUUUGAAAACGAAGAUUCUGUGGAAAAAUUGUCAGCCGUUCUCGAACAACCAGAGGACGCAUCGAUAAUCGUAGAUGAUGUUCUACCGUUAGAGGAUGAUCACGAGGACAGAAAUUACAUUCUUCGGGAACGGAUAGAGUCACUUCGCCAGAUUAUGAACAGCCUCAAAGAAGACCUAAAAAGAGAAGUAGAAUUAUGGCGAAAGGAGAGAGAAGAGUUACAAUUAUUACGCGAGAAGGGCAAUGCGUUGGCUUUGCAGGAAGCAACUGCAGCUGCACGUGCAGCGGCUGCCGCUUACGCUACGGAAUCACCUUUAUCUAAUCAUUUAGGGAAUAUUUUCGAUCUUAGCUCUGAUGACACAUUUACAGAGCUUACAAUACUCGAGUACGAGAAAAGAUUGGCUAAAUAUCAGGAUAUGAAUUCGUUCAACCAAGCUGAAAUACGUUACAACGCUUGUUGGAAAUCAAUUGCGAACAUAUAUAAGCAAAAAUUAAUUGAUAUAGAACGAUUAUGCAACGAGGAGCUGGAAAAGGUACAACAAAACGCGAGCACGCUUCAACCGCUUAAGGAAAUGGUAUCGCAAUGGUACACCGAGGAGAAAAAUCACGGUGACACGAUCAAGACCUACGAAUUUCGCGCCGAUGCGCUGACGGGUACCAUUUUCGAUAAGGACGCGCAUUCCCGCCAUAACUUUCAAAACUUCGACGCGGAAGUCAAUAUGGCGCCUGAAAUAUUCGUUGCCAAAUUUACAUCAGAAGAUCUGACGAAAAGAGAUAGAUGUUACGCGCAGCCUUAA